CCUCUAAAUUCUGCUCAUUCCGUUCUUCUCCUUCACUCUUCAUCUUCAUCUUCAUCUUCAUCUGUGCUUUUGCCCUCUAAUCUCUGCAAGCUUCUCUUCUCAGGUCAUAUCCGACUAGAAGAGUGCGGCGUUCAGAGGGAAUCGAAUCGUUUCCGCAGCUGUAGGUGAGGGAUGAAGUACGUUUUGGUAACGGGGGGAGUGGUUAGUGGGUUGGGGAAGGGGGUGACGGCGAGCAGCAUUGGGGUUCUGCUUCAGGCUUGCGGUCUUAGAGUCACCUCCAUUAAGAUUGAUCCUUACCUUAAUACUGAUGCGGGGACGAUGUCUCCUUUGGAGCAUGGAGAAGUUUUUGUUUUAGAUGAUGGUGGUGAGGUAAUUAUGAGAGGUUUCUUGACAUCAAACUAACUCGCGAUAACAACAUUACAACCGGAAA